UGCAUUCUCCGACCGACGCUUGCGCUGUGCGGGUGUUCUGUGAAAGUUCUUUCACUUGUACAUAAAAAUCUCAUAUAAAACCUUCUCUCCUUCCCCCCUUUCUUUUCAAACGAAUUAUUGCGAGUGAUCACGAAUAUCGUUAGCGGGCAUAUUGACACCGGAGUGCGGAGCGGUGUUAAAUCUCUUUUUUGUAGAUCUUCCUUUUUUCGCGCUUACGUGCUUAGCUUCCGUGCGACGAGCUGGAGAUUAUCGGGUUGCAACCGGGUGAACAUCGGUUUCGAAGAAUCCAAGACAUAAUUAGUCUCUCGUUUGACAUUUUCAUGCUUCAAUAUGAGUGACUAUUCAGCAGUUGCUCCGCCACAAAACUUCACUCAGAGCACAGCAUUAGCAGCGGCACUGCAACGUGCCAAACAGAUUGCCGCAAAAAUCAAUUCAGGUGUUGCAAAUCAAAAUAAUCAAGACUCCAAACUAAAACGUCCUCUCGAAGAUAGUUCAGAACCCGAAGCAAAGAAGAUGGCAUCCUUAACGGUAGACCCUUUAUUAAGUAUUCGUGGAGGACCUGGAAGUGGUUCUAUUGGAGAAUCAGGUAAUCAAGGAGCUAGACCACAAGUAUCUUCCAAUUUAGGUGGUAUAUGCAAUGAGGAUAUCAGAGUUCCCGACAAGAUGGUUGGUUUAAUAAUUGGCAGAGGUGGAGAACAAAUAACAAGACUGCAGAGUGAAACAGGAUGUAAAAUACAAAUGGCACCGGAAAGUGGUGGACUGCCUGAGCGUGUUUGCACGCUAACUGGUUCACGAGAAGCUGUCAAUCGGGCUAAGGAGCUUGUAUUGUCAAUAGUAAAUCAGAGAAGCAGAAGUGAGGGAAUUGGCGAUAUGAAUAUGAGCGGCAACAGCAGCGGAAUGAUGGGACAUCCGGGAUUUGUUGAGAUAAUGAUUCCAGGUCCUAAAGUUGGUCUGAUUAUUGGCAAAGGUGGGGAAACUAUAAAACAACUUCAAGAGAAGUCUGGCGCUAAAAUGGUCGUUAUUCAAGACGGACCCUCUCAAGAACAGGAAAAACCCUUAAGAAUAACAGGAGAUCCACAAAAAGUGGAGUAUGCAAAGCAGUUGGUCUAUGAACUAAUAGCUGAAAAGGAAAUGCAAAUGUUUCAUAGAGGAGGAAGAGGAGGUACUGAGAGAACAGGCAAUUAUUCUAACGACAGUGGCUUCAAUCACGGUUCUACAAAUAGUGACGGAGUGGAGGUACUUGUUCCAAGAGCUGCUGUUGGUGUUGUUAUUGGUAAAGGUGGAGAUAUGAUUAAGAAAAUACAAGCAGAAAGUGGAGCCAAAGUUCAAUUUCAGCAAGGUAGAGAAGAUGGUCCUGGCGAUAGGAAAUGUUUACUGUCAGGAAAGCAUCAAGCUGUUGAACAGGCUCGUCAGCGAAUUCAGGAACUAAUUGAUAGCGUUAUGAGAAGAGAUGACGGCAGAAAUAACAUGGGAAAUCGAGGUGGUAUAAGAGGUAACGGUUUUGGUAACAAUCGUAAUCCAAAUGAAUACGGAACUUGGGAUAGACGACAAGGUGGUCCUAUGCAAGAUAAAAUUGAAACCACGUUUACUGUCCCGUCUUCUAAAUGCGGGAUUAUAAUUGGCAAAGGUGGUGAAACUAUUAAACAGAUCAAUCAACAGACUGGAGCACAUUGUGAGUUAGAUAGAAGAAACCAAAGUAAUGAAAACGAGAAAAUCUUCAUUAUUCGAGGAAAUCCUGAACAAGUCGAACACGCAAAGAGAAUAUUUAGUGAAAAACUAGGCAUGGGUCCAGGUGCUUCUCCAUAUGCCGGAGCACAAGGACCAGUUGGAUACAAUCCAAAUUGGAAUACAGGAUAUCAAGCGUGGCCGACUCAACCGCAAUCUACUGACGGAAGUAUGUAUGGCAAUGCUAGUCAAGCUCCUGUACAAGUCAAUCCGCAGACUGGUCAGCCGGAUUACAGUGCUCAAUGGGCGGAAUAUUAUCGAUCUCUAGGUAUGCACAGAGAAGCGGAGAUGAUCGAACAGCAAGCGAAACAAGGAAAACAAGAAAAUCAACAAGGAGGUAAUUCGCAAAAUCAGUCCAAUACACCGACAACAAGUUCCGCUGGACCGAAUCAGCAACAGCAACAGCAGUCGCAGCAGCAGCAGCAGCAGCAGCAGCAACAGCAAGCAGGAGCUGCGCAAAACGGAGGCCAGGCCGAUUACAGCGUUCAGUGGGCAGAAUAUUAUAGAAGUAUCGGUAAAAUAAAGGAAGCUGAAGCGAUAGAAGCUCAAAUGAAAGCGGGCAAGCUGGGAAUGCAAGGAAAUCAAAUGGCUCAGCAGCAGAUGCAGAGCAUUCAAGGACAGUCUGCUGGGCCACCAGGUACAACUUCCAAUACGUUUCCACAAGCUUACGGAAGUUAUCCGGCGAUGAACGCUGGCUCAGCGCCUGCUGGUUAUUACGCGGCGAAUGCUGCGUCCAACUCUCAACCACAGGCGGGACAGCAAAAUCCUUCUUUCCCGUCAGGCUAUCAGAAUUAUCCUUAUUCACAACCAACUUCUGAGAAUUAAGCUUCCACAUUUGAGAGAAUAGUUUUCAGAUAACUUUCCAUCAGGAUGUGUGUGUGCGAUUAUACCUAUCUCUCCAUAUAACUUUUAUCAUAAAAAAAAAAAAAAAAAAAAUAGUUGACUGCUUCAUAAUCUUCAUACAUCUUUAAGAAUGUGUCACGAGAUUCGAUUACGCGAAUUCUGUUUAUACUAUACAUUUAUGAUGUGUUUUUUUUUACAUAUAUGCUAUACGUAUAGAUAUUAUGACAUAUAAUAAUAGGAUACGAUUGUUUAAGUAACAACAAAAAAGUAUUACAAAUCGAGUUUUUGUUUGUUGAAAUAAUUACUAUUAUAAUAUAUAUAAUAUCAAAUAUGACGCCUAUGUUCCAUUUUAUGUACCAUUGUAUUUUCUGUUCCAUAUAACAUGUAUUGUUGUAAUAUAAGCUGGCAGGUCAGAAGCAGCAGGUCAGAAAGAGGAACGAGGGAUCGACAUCCGUGCUCACUUUUCUCGCAUUCUUUCUCUUUCUCUCUCUUUCUCAUUGAGCUUGUUAAAUUAUAUAUUAUAUAUAUAUAUAUCCUAAAACAAAACCGUUGUUAUGAGCAACACUGAUACAUUUCUAUAGUAUACUACAUUGUUUUACGUUACGACAAGGUACUCAUUUAUUCUCGAAAUACUCGUUUCUUAUUAUAAGUAUAAAAAUGUUUGGCUUAUAUUAUACAAAAUAUGCUGUAAGUGAUAUAACAGCUGUCACGUCUCUCCAUCGCCUAUAUAUGUGAACAUUUUAUUUUAAAAAACAUGUGUAUAUGUGUAUAUAUAUUAAAUUAACUACUAUAUAUGAAAAACAUGAUAAUACGCCACUUACACAUGCAUAUGUCCUGUUAUUGCACUGUUAAAUAAGAAUUUUACAUUUGGGUUUGUUUGCUCUCUCUCGUGAAAUACCAAAUGAUAUUUUUAGAUAUUGGAAGCAGCCAAUUAGAGACAGGUUUAUCCGUCCUACCAUAAGUCUCAGCAUGGGGAUCUGCAAUUAAAAAUGUUUCAUUCAGCAUAAAUCUACGUGCGCGCACUCGGAGGAAUCAAGACCCUACGAAGCGGAGAGAUUAGUCGGAUGACAUUUAUAACGAAUACAUUUAUAACAUGUCAUUGUGUUUACUAACGACGUCAUAUUCUGAAUAUUGUUUAGCUUAGUGUUACGCACUUUCGUACAAUGUGUAUAUCGCGCGAAGUAUUUUCGGCUUUUCAUUUUAGUAGUUAAAUAUGUAAAAUAUCUCGAAUUUUUUGUACAUCCAAAGUGUCAACAGAAUCACGUGUGUUUUAUGUUGAAAAUGAAUGCAGGAUGUAUCAAAGGUAUGUUACACACAUGAGUACCGAGUUGUUCAGCAAAUGUGCGAUUAACCUCGAGAAUCUUAAGUGAGAUAUUUUAUCUCUAGUCUCUCUUUAAAUUUUCAAACGCAACACUUCUGAAACAUCCUGUAUACGGAUAAAUCUAUUUCUGACUUGAAGAAAAAACUUGAAGUUAUUUCUCUCUCUCUCUCUCUCUCUCUCACUCUCUGCUCUCUAAGGCCCGAUUUCUUCAUACCUCCCGAUGGCUAUCCUCUGGAUAAAAAUUAUACAAAAAGAUAUACUUUUAUCUUUUACGGCCAAUUUCUUCAUACCUUUCGAUAGCUAUCCCUCUGGAUAAAUUCCUCUGAGAACCAAUAAGGAGAACCAAUUUUGGGAGAUAUCUUCUAGAUAAAGUUAUCGAGAAGUAAACUUAUCUAGAAGUUAGAAAAUUGGCUGUUAGAACGUUAUCGAGAACUUAUCUAGAGGUAAAGAAAUUUGGCAUAAAAUCUAAAUAUAUCGUAAUCCAUGACUAGCAAUGUAUUUCCUUGUGUACGCACACACGUAAGCAGAGAUGCGAUGCAUAUUCUGUUAAUGAAAAAAAAAAACAAAAAGUUAACAGAAGUAAUAUGUAAGGUUUUUUUGUUUACUACAAUAGAAGUUACAAAUGUAACAAUUUGUAAAUAAUGAUCAUCAUUUUUGUUGUUGCAUACUGUAUUCAAAAUUUUUAAGGGAUGAACGAUUUUUAGUUUUUCAAGUGAAAUUAUAUAUAUAUAUAUGUAUGUAUCAUUGAAAAAAGUGUCUGGUUGCAAUAUUAUUUGAGGAUAUAACGUAUCACACAUAUUCCUGUACGUACAAUUCUUAGAAAACAACACACUAUAAGCUCUCUCGGAAGUGAAUUUUUUUAUAUAUUGUUUUACUUCACAGAUAUUGUGAAAAAGUUAGAUAAUAUUAGUUAAAUAAUAGAAAUAUCAAUAACAAAACUUUAUAUUUCUGUCACUUGUAUCUUUGUUGUAAUGCGAAAGCCACUGUGUAUUACCAGUUUAUUUUAAAUUAUUCCCAUACUCUUAUAUAACGCAUAA